UCCAUUCUUCCAAUCUUCAACCUUCAACCUUUUUCUCUUUCUAACCGUACAUACUAUUCAAAGUCUUGCUCGAUACUUCACAAGCACAUCUAUCGCAAGACGAUACGGUCAAAUCAAAUGAGCACCGAUUAUUCAUUCACGCUCUUUUCUUCCACCUAGCCACCGUCUUUACGGCGAUCGCUUCUCUACGAUCAUUACCUCGCAGGACGGGAAGUUGAAAGACGGGUUUCGAACAAACCGAACAACAAACCACUAGAACAACGUAAAAAUCAAUCAAUCGUCAUGUCGCGCAAACCGGUGGCAGCCUCAGCCAACCCCGACUCCCACAAUGCCGCGCCCGCCGCCAUGAUCCCGGAUGACGUGUGCCCUGUGUGCCGCCGUCAGAAGUACUUCAAUCCCGACCUCGAGUUUCUCAUCAACCCCGAGUGUUACCACCCAAUGUGUCAGCGGUGCGUGGAAUUCAUCUUCGGCAAAGGGCCGGCGCAAUGUCCACACCCCGGCUGCAGCAAGACGCUCCGCCAGCGCGGCUUCCACUCCGCCUUCUUCAAGGACCUCAAGGUCGAGCGAGAGGUGGACGUGCGCCGACGCGUGCAGGCCGUCUUCAACAUGACCGAGGACGACUUCGUCUCGCUGCGCGACUACAACGACUACCUGCAGCAGGUGGAGGACCUGACCUUCGACCUGGUCCAGGGCGGCGACGCGGACCGCAAGGCCGCGGAGAAGAAGCUGCUGGCGUACGAGCAGAAGCACCGCGACGAGAUCGAGAAGAACAAGCGCCGCGGCCGCGAGGCCGAGUCCAUCCGCAAGCAGCGCGACGCCGCGGACGCCGAGGCGGCAAAACAGCGCAGACUGGAAGAGCAGCGCGAGGAGGAGCGCGCCAAGGCCGAAGAAGCCACCAUCAACGCCGAGGUCAUGGAGGCGCUCGCGCGCGGCGAGCCCGGCACGGCGGCAGACAUCCAAGCGCGCAUCGUGGCGCAGAAGCGCGCCCGCGUCGCCGAGAUCGCCGGCUCGCACUUCCCCUCGCUUCUCAACACAUCAUCGACCACCACCGCCAGCGCCUCCUCCAAGCUCUCGUCCGCGCGGAACUCGAACCUGCUGUCCAUCCGCGGCCUCAAGGACAAGAACGCGCGCGACGAGGACGCCGACUACUACACGCGUCCGUACGACCCCUUCGCGGGCCUCGACCUCGUGCCCACGCGGUACAAGCUGCGGUUCUCGACUUAUUCUUCGGCGGCGGCGGUCAACAAGGACGGCGAGUCCGGGUACGCGAACCCGUGGCUCGACCGCGCGCGCACGGCCGACGACCACCGCGUCCCCGGGUACAGCAUCAAGGAGUACGUCACGCGCGCCGUGUUCGAGGCGUUCGCGGGCCUGGGCGUGGUCGUCGGCGAGGAGAAGGCGGAUGCGGCGAGGGCCGUUGGGACUUCGGGCGCGGAGGUCGCGGCUGCUACGGGUCGGACGGGGGGGAUGGAUGUUGAUAUUGGUAUGGGUAAGGGGAAGAGGGGUGGGAGGAUGGGUGUUGAUGAUGUUUUUGUCUGAGGGGAUGAUGGACGGGAUGGGGAGGGAAAGGG